UUCCCUCGUUCAGGUAGACAGCAUACGCACUGAUUGUUUUCCGCUUUCACACAACUGGAGGGACUAAGAUCAGCCUGCAGUCGAUGCUGAAAGAGAGAGAGUGGAGAGAGAUAGAGAGCAAAGACAGAGCUCUAAAUGUAGGGUUUGUGGUGCGUAUCUUGCAGCAGGUGUUCAGUUUAUUAAAGAUUAUUUUGCAAUUACAAUGAAUGAAAUCCGUGCACAUCAGUCAACUGCAGACACAUACUUACCAGAGCUCACUGAUAAUAUUUUCUUUCUUUUUUGAAACCCGAAGCGAAUAAGAUUUUGGGCUCGUGCAAGUGGAAAUUGUUAACCAACAAUGGAAUUGUAUUGGAAGAAAAGCCGAGAGCGGUCGUCAGUAGUUUAUCAUCUGUUGCGCGGUGGAAACAGAAACUGCUUUGGGGUGCCAGUGUACAAGCAAUUUCAACGUUUACCAGAAUAACAACGGAGCUCAAAUGUAUGCAUAUUUAGAAAUGUGGAAUACACAAAGUUAUUGAUAUUGUAUUGUCAAAACAAGGGAUUUUCUUUUUUUUCCUUUUUUCGUGGCUCGUUUAAAGGAACAUUAAAAAUAUAUACACCAAACUUCAAACCAGUGACACGGGAAAACAGGUUUAAAACAUCAAAAAAACAGCAAUGUGAGACAGUAUAAACAAUGGCUCAACUUUAUUAUAAAAGAAGCAACAACUCUUCAUACAGAGACCGCAUUCCACUUCGGAUAGUGCGAGCCGAAUCGGAGCUGUCGCCGUCAGAGAAAGCCUAUUUAAGUGCUGUGGAGAAGGGGGACUAUGCCACUGUUAAGCUAGCACUGGAGGAAGCCGAAAUUUAUUUCAAAAUCAAUAUUAACUGCAUCGACCCGCUUGGAAGAACAGCUCUUCUCAUUGGCAUUGAAAAUGAGAAUCUUGAAAUCAUUGAGCUCCUCUUAAGUUUUAAUGUGUAUGUUGGGGAUGCUCUUCUUCAUGCUAUCAGGAAGGAGGUCGUUGGGGCUGUGGAGCUACUGCUGAAUCACAAAAAACCCAGCGGAGAAAAGCAGGUGCCACCGAUAUUGCUGGAUAAGCAGUUCUCGGAUUUCACGCCCGACAUCACACCAAUCAUUCUGGCUGCUCACACCAACAACUACGAGAUUAUAAAGCUUCUGGUGCAGAAGGGGGUUUCCGUACCCCAGCCACAUGAAGUGCGCUGUAACUGUGUGGAAUGUGUCUCCAGCACAGAUGUGGACAGCUUGCGACACUCCAGAUCCAGGUUGAACAUCUACAAGGCUUUGUCAAGCCCAUCUUUGGUAGCCCUGUCCAGUGAAGAUCCCUUUCUUACGGCCUUCCAGUUGAGUUGGGAGCUACAGGAGUUAAGCAAAGUGGAGAAUGAGUUCAAAUCGGAGUAUGAGGAACUGUCGCAUCAGUGCAAAGAGUUUGCAAAGGAUCUUUUGGAUCAGGCCAGGAGUUCCAGAGAAUUAGAAAUCAUUCUUAAUUACCGGGAUGAUAGCAGUCUGCUAGAAGAGGAGAACAGUAACGAUCUAGCAAGAUUAAAGCUGGCAAUUAGGUACCGUCAGAAAGAGUUUGUUGCUCAGCCAAACUGUCAACAGUUGCUGGCCUCACGCUGGUAUGAUGAGUUUCCCGGAUGGAGAAGACGCCAUUGGGCAGGGAAGUUCAUAACAUGUGUAUUUAUAGGACUUAUGUUUCCAGUAUUCUGUGUAUGUUACCUAAUUGUCCCAAAAAGCCCGUUCGGCCUGUUCAUCAGAAAGCCCUUCAUAAAGUUUAUUUGCCACACUGCAUCCUACUUGACUUUCCUGUUUCUGCUGCUUCUGGCAUCACAGCAUAUCGUCACAACUGAUCCAAAAAGACAAGGACCUCCACCAACCAUUGUGGAGUGGAUGAUUCUGCCUUGGGUUUUAGGUUUUAUAUGGGCUGAAAUAAAACAGAUGUGGGAUGGUGGACUUCAAGAUUACAUUCAUGACUGGUGGAAUCUGAUGGAUUUUGUAAUGAAUUCUUUGUACCUAGCUACAAUUUCUCUUAAAAUUGUUGCCUAUUUUAAGUACAGUGGGUCAAGGCCACGAGAGGAAUGGGACAUGUGGCAUCCUACACUUGUGGCUGAAGCGGUUUUUGCCAUUGCAAACAUCUUUAGCUCUUUGCGCUUGAUCUCACUCUUUACUGCAAACUCCCACCUAGGGCCUCUGCAGAUAUCUCUUGGAAGGAUGUUACUGGACAUUCUAAAGUUUAUGUUCAUCUACUGCCUGGUGCUGUUAGCCUUUGCAAAUGGAUUAAAUCAGCUAUACUUUUAUUAUGAGACUAAUGAGCCUGAUACAUGCAAAGGGAUACGGUGUGAAAAGCAAAAUAAUGCAUUCUCCACGUUAUUUGAGACCCUGCAAUCUUUGUUCUGGUCCAUAUUUGGACUGAUCAGUCUGCAUGUGACGAAUGUCAAUGCUCGACAUGAGUUUACAGAAUUUGUGGGGGCCACAAUGUUUGGAACCUACAAUGUCAUCUCUCUUGUGGUCUUACUAAACAUGUUAAUAGCCAUGAUGAACAACUCCUACCAACUUAUUGCUGACCAUUCAGACAUUGAGUGGAAGUUUGCAAGAACAAAGCUUUGGAUGAGCUAUUUUGAAGAAGGUGGUACUCUUCCUACUCCCUUCAAUAUCUUGCCAAGUCCUAAGUCAGUUUGGUACUUGUUCAAAUGGAUUAAGAGACAAUUGUGCAAAAACAAAAAAACUAAAAAGCCAGAAAGUCUUGGAUCAUUAGGGAGACGUGCAGCUAAAAAUCUGAGAAAAAAUCUCCACUACCAGGAGGUUAUGAGAAACUUAGUUAAAAGAUAUGUUGCAGCUAUGAUCAGAGAUGCAAAGACGGAAGAAGGACUGACAGAGGAAAAUUUCAAGGAGUUGAAACAAGACAUAUCAAGUUUCCGUUAUGAAGUUCUUGGGUUACUGAAAGGAAGUAAGACAGGGAUCAAACUUGGCACAGGGGCAUCUAAUCUGGCUAAUGUUGGGGAAUCUUGUAAAUAUGAUGCUGCAACCAGUGGAACAACACAGAAGAGUAAGCUCCACCUUUUUGAUGUGACUUCCUUGCUUCAACAAAGGCCUAAAUCCAAUGUGUCUGAAGGGUAUAAUGGCUUAAUCAAUGGAUCUGCACUUUUAGUCUCUGACAAAGGAACACAACAAAAAAGGGAUUUUCCUAAAGACAUGUCAAACUUUGGAUUAUUCCAAAGGCGGCAAAAAAUAAACAGUAUAGACCGGAACACAAAUAAAAUCUACUCCGUUUCUGAGGAGGCAGGUGAAUAUGAGCUGGAUGAAACAACUUGCGACACCAAGGACAUUGAUAGUGCAGUAAUAGAAACUAGCACUGAAUUAGAAAGUUAUUCAAGGAAACCUAUUAAUCAACUGAACACUCAGGACUUUUUGCAUGAACAGUCUUCUGUCAGUAUUCCUUGUGCAACUUUGGAAACAGGAGAGGACAGCCUUGCCACUGAAGUUGGAAAAGGUAAUGGCUCUGCAGUCAAGGGGGACUGUGACACAAGAUUGUGACAAUGUUUAUUUACACCGUUCUGCCUAAAUGAGGCAUCCUUUUGUGAACAUCACUUGUAGCAAAUGUGGCCACUACCUAUGAUGCUGGAAGAGGCAUCAGGGCUCAGUUAUCUGCUGAUGCCUCAAACAAUAGUGUGUUUUGUGUUGUGGCAUCUUCUUGACAAGGGAGUUUGGUCAGUUCUCCCAAACGGGCUGGGCAAGUAAAUGGGAUGAUGCAGUUUUGACUACCAUUUUCCUGGCAGGGGUGAACAUUAACAGGCAGAAAAUACCCAGCACACACUUCUGUUGACUUUCUAAAGGAAAGCUAAACGGUUACUUUAUAUAAUCUGGAUUCUCCUAAUAUUCCAUUUUCGUUUCUGUUAACUAUUCUGUUUUGUAUGUUCUGAUGUUUCUCUGUUGCUGUCUCUGCUUUUUCCAGAAAACAAAUACCUGUGAAAAUACUUUCCAAGGCUGUGCCUCUCAAACACAUUUCAGAAAAGCAGCAUCGAGGAGUCUUUUCAGAAGCAAUUAUCCUGGAAUAGGCAGUUAGUACACAUGGCAAAUGAUAGUCCACGCAGAAGCAACAAUAAAGACUUCUACAGAACACACAACAAAUUCGAUACAAGGACAAUGCAGGUGAUAAGUAUACCUUUAAUAUCACCAGGGUGGGAAACACUAACCUCUUUAUUGUGGCAGGGCAGUAGCAGUGGCGGCGGAAUAGCCAGUGCAGCUGGUGCAAAAGUUUGGGUGAAAUACAUAUUUAACAGUGAUAAUAUCCUUCACAUUUAUAUCUGAAGGCGUUACACCCUUCAUGUUUGUAUCAUUGUAGCUACAUUGUAGCCAGUGAUUAAGAUUGGAUCCUCCCUCAUUUAAACAGGUAUCGUUUUUUCUUAAUCAUUAAAAAAAAAAUUGCUUAAUUAAAAUUAGCUUCCUAACUUUUUUUUUUCUCCUGCAACUGUCUUUGCAUGGAGGCUGGUAAUAGACACUGUUUUAUGUCUUUUGAACUCUGCAACCACUUGGGCUUUAUUACACAACAGUUUCCUACUGUCUUCUUGUAAGAUUUUGGGAUACUGUUUUGCAGGGAUAUUCUCUGCACAAUUCAUCCUGUAGUUUAUGAGGAAAGCUAUCAAUGGGUGCUACUUGGUACCAAAAUAAAUGAAAGCAAAUUAACAUGUCUAUUUCUGAUUGGAAAACAAGUGAUUUUCUAUAUGAGAACAUUUCUGCACAGAAUUCUUCACCCAUGUGUCAGUUGUAUUAAUGCCAGAAUCAGAGAAAUCCUGGAGGGCCUGGUGCUUAAACUUGUUAGCUUAUGAUUAAAAAAUAAUGUAGUUUGUGGAUGUAAAGAUGGAUGCAAAAUGCAAUUCAAGUACAAAACAUUCUUAUUACAUGUAAUCAUCUAUUAUUUAGUUCAUGCUAACAUUCUGAGAAUUAAAUAUUGUUAAAUGUUGAACACUUGGUAUGUUUUAUGUUUACAAACAAGUGUUACAUUAAAGUUUGGGGGCUGGGGGAACACAAUAAGGUCCUGCACCAGGGCCAGAAGAAAGGAAAAUGUACAGCUUAUAGUACAGCAUAUGAUUAUUACAUCACCCUUUCAUUUGUAAAGUCCUGAUAAAUAGCAUAUAGAACAGAAGAUAAGUGCAAUAUAAAUAUCAUAUGUUUUGUAGCCAGAAACAACCUAUACAAGUUGUUUUGUCUUUAUACUGAACCAUCGUACAGUAUUCUGUUGAAAACAUAAAGAAAUGUCACUUCAAUUUUAUAUUUUUUCUAUGCAAGAAAUAUCCAAGUUCUGUCUGUGUAUAAGAAAAUGUAACAUUCUACUUGUUUUUCCAGUAGCUUCAGAAAAAAUUAUUACAUCAUUCAUACAUACAUAUAGUUUCAUAGUUGGUAAUGCAUAGCUCACUUUUAUAUCAUCCUCUGUAGUUAAUGCAGAAACAAUUACUACUUGAUUAGUUUGAGAACCUUCUACAAUAGAAUUAGUAAUACGAUUAAGCAGUUUUAUGAAAUGAAAUCUUCAAAGAAAAAUAUAUAGAUUAUAUAAUCACGUCUUUAAUUAAAAUACAAUUCCAAUUUUUAUUUAUUUUUUUAAAUAAUAGUACAUUGACCUUGCUGUUGCUCAUAGGUAACAGAAAAAGGUA